AUGAUCUUAGGCGCCUUAGAACGCGCCCUUGCCUCUACCGAGUCCUCCUUUCUGACGCGAGUUAAAGACGUCUCUAAAGACCAGCCGGAGUACGCGGUAGGAGGGGCGUCUUUAGUUGCUGCUAUAGUCACAGCCACGGAUGUUUAUGUGAUAAAUUUGGGGGAUAGUAGGGCUGUGAUUGUACGGGGGGAAGAGGUGGGGAGGGGAUGGCGGGGGGUGUUGAGGAAGGGGGCGGGAGUGGGAGGGGGAGGGAGUGCUAGCCUUGUGAGCGGAAGGAGGAGAAGCGGGGAAGGGGGACGUGGGCGAGGGGGAAGUGGGGGAUGGGGGAGUGGUGGAAGAGGGGAGGGAGAGGGGAGUGGUAGCAGCAAAGGGAGUAGCAGAAGAGAGAAAGUGGGGGAAACGGGGGAUAUAUGGGAGAAGGGGGAGAAGUGGGAGAGGGGUGAGAUUAGUGGGGCUGUUGGGGCAAUGGAAAGUGCGGGAAGCAGGGGUGCAGGAGGAGGGGAAGCAGGAGGAGGGGAGAAGGGAGGAGGCAGAGGAGGGGGAGUGUGGAGGUGGAAGGCAGAGAGACUGACAGUGGACCAUAACACGAGCAAUGCUGCUGAGGUGCGGCGGGUGCAGCAGGCACAUGCAGACAGUGACGUCAUCAGGAGGGGGCGUCUAAAGGGCAAGAUCAAGCUCACACGCGCCUUUGGUGCAGCGUACCUCAAGGACGUGAGUGCUUACCUCAAGGACGUGAGUGCUUACCUCAAGGACGUGAGUGCUUACCUCAAGGACGUGAGUGCUUACCUCAAGGACGUGAGUGCGUACCUCAAGGACGUGAGUGCUUACCUCAAGGACGUGAGUGCUUACCUCAAGGACGUGAGUGCUUACCUCAAGGACGUGAGUGCUUACCUCAAGGACGUGAGUGCUUACCUCAAGGACGUGAGUGCUUACCUCAAGGACGUGAGUGCGUACCUCAAGGACGUGAGUGCUUACCUCAAGGACGUGAGUGCUUACCUCAAGGACGUGAGUGCUUACCUCAAGGACGUGAGUGCUUACCUCAAGGACGUGAGUGCUUACCUCAAGGACGUGAGUGCUUACCUCAAGGACGUGAGUGCUUACCUCAAGGACGUGAGUGCUUACCUCAAGGACGUGAGUGCUUACCUCAAGGACGUGAGUGCUUACCUCAAGGACGUGAGUGCUUACCUCAAGGACGUGAGUGCUUACCUCAAGGACGUGAGUGCUUACCUCAAGGACGUGAGUGCUUACCUCAAGGACGUGAGUGCUUACCUCAAGGACGUGAGUGCUUACCUCAAGGACGUGAGUGCUUACCUCAAGGAAGUGAGUGCUUACCUCAAGGACGUGAGUGCUUACCUCAAGGACGUGAGUGCUUACCUCAAGGACGUGAGUGCUUACCUCAAGGACGUGAGUGCUUACCUCAAGGACGGGUGGGGGAAGAGAGAGGACGUGGGGGAGGAGGUGCAGGAGCAGCAGGAGGAGCAGGGGCGGCAGGGGCAGCAAGAGUAA